AGUACGGUCAGUGGCGAAAAUACAAUUUUUUCAAAGUGAGCUUUUUCAUUUAUUUUUCCGGUAUAUUCGAUACCUUUGUUUAUUGAAUCAAUACGACGGACGUCGAAGAUAACUAUAAGACACCGAAAUCGUGUUGGAUUUUACGCAGAAAAAUAAUUAAGAGAUGUGAUUCAACAUUGUGAACUGUCCUUAUAUUUUAUACGUCAAAGAGGGAUUCCUAGUCAUUUCUUUCCGCUCGGAAAUACGUCAAGCCUAUUAUAGAUUUGCCUGAGAAGUAACGCAGCAGCCGACUCAUACUGACGGAGGAAUACCGUGUAUCGGGCCAACCUUGAACCAAAAACACUAAAGUUAACCAAAAUUACUAAAUGGAAUAUUUUUCAAUUGAUGAGAUGUACUAUUUAUUCUGAAGUGUAGGCAUAAUUUGUGUACAUCUUACAUACAUUUGGAAACCUGGUCUACAGAUCAAGCAGAUCUAUUAUAUAGAAACAGUUGCCUCUUUAUCAGUAAACUCAAACGAAGGACAUUAUGUCACGAUUUAAGGAAUGCAUGUUGUUGUCAACAAUUGUUUUCUGCUUCGUUCAUGUUUGGUUAAACCUGUCAAUUUCAACGAAUGUAUUUGCACCAUUUCAAUCAAGAAAACCUCAUAACAUAACAACAGAGGUCAAACGGAUGCAGAAUGUGUUUAAUAAAUGCAGUCCUAAGCAAACGAUUGUGUUUUUGAAAACCCACAAAACCGGGAGCACAACUCUUGCAAGGAUUAUUGAACUAUAUGGUUACAGAAAUUCUCUCGCCUUUGUAAGGAAAAUAGGAGAAAGAGGAUCUAUACAUUAUGGAAACCGGAGAUUUAGCAAAACGUCUCAUCACACGUUUCUUCCGCCACCAAACGUAACCAGAGGAAAUUACACGAAUUACAAAUACAAUAUAUUUACUUUACAUGUUCGUUAUGAUCGUAAAAUAAUAGAUGGAUUUAUGAAAGAAGAUCCCAUCUACAUAACACUGCUAAGAGAGCCAUCAAAGCAAUUUGAAUCGGCUUUUGUAUUCUUUAACAAAGGAAAAUUAGUCAAACUGCCACGAAAAGAUAGGCGUAAUCGUACUUUGAUAAAUAAUAAGAAAAUAACAAGAUUUCUUGUAAAUCCUAAAAAAUACCCUAAAUUAGUAUCUAGCAGAUAUAUUAAUAAUGACCAGAUAUUUGAUCUUGGCCUAAAUACUCAGUAUGUUUUGAAUGAUAAGGUUAUAAAUGAGACAAUUGCUAAAAUAAAUAAAGAUAUGGAUAUUGUACUUAUAAAUGAAUACUACGACGAAUCUCUAGUACUACUAAGCAAAAUACUUUGUUGGAGUCUUGAAGAUUUAGUGUAUCUUCCCAGGAACGAAAGGCCCGACUCCCAGAAAGUUGCAAUGUCCAAGAAUUUGCGUCAGAAAGCUCGCGAAUGGAAUCACGCUGACACGAUGCUGUAUAACUUCUUCGUGGAACGAUUAAAAGAACGCUUCAUUGAAUAUGGGCCGUCGUUCGAGGAGGACCUUCGGCGAUUCCGUAACAUGACGGCGGAAUUACGCCGUAGUUGCGUAGGUGGACAAGUUGUCAAAGGUCCUCGUAAGGCGUACACACCUACUGCAAAUAAUAGUGGAGUAUGCCAAUUUCAUACCGAGGACCCAAGUAAAAUGGAUGAGCGUAUAAGGAAACGAAUGGGAGCCAGAAUACAUAGUAGUGUUAAUCAUGGAAUCCAGAAAACGCAGACUAAGAAAAAAAUACCAAAAAAUGUUAGGCGCAAAAAAGUUAUUAAAAAAAAGUAAGAAGGAUACACCGAACUAGCCGGCAGAUGUCUGCGUACGUCUACUACGUAAGUAAAAAUGAAAAUAAAAAUAUACGAACUAAGUAACGAUAUGUUUUGACGAGUAACACAUCAUCAGCAGGUAAAAAUGAUUAUACCGGUUUAUGUACUACCAGGUCAGAUGUAAGAUAAACAAGCAAAUUUUAAGGUAACUCAUGCAUACAAUUAGAAUUAGAAUAAAAGAGUAAUAUUGUAAUGAGUUGUGACGGAUUUUCCCCAAGCAAUGUAAAGGGCUUUUAUUUUAAGUGCGGAAGCAAGAAUAUUAAAGUAGUCUGAAAUUAGAUGUUUUUUUGCAUUGCGUUUUGAAGAUUGUCCGGAGCUAAGUACUCAUUUGCCCGUGUUUCUAGGUGUCUGUCGGUUUUACCAAUAUAUACGAAUUUACACUCCUCGCAAGUAAUGUUGUAGACAACACGGGUUCGGAGAUUAGUUCGGACAUAGUCUUUUAUAAUAUUUAAAAAAAGAAGAUAAUUUAUAUGAUUUAAAAGAGGGUUUAACAUUAAUAUAGAAAUAUAUUUUUUGACGAUAGAGUUGAUUUUUUGUUAGCAAUCAGGGGCGGAUCCAGAAUUUUUCAAACGGCGGGGCACAACGGUUUCAGAAGAGAUAAGUGAGUAGCACAUAACAUUAAUAUGCAUUGAAAUGUCUAAAAUUGAAUGCGCCCUGAGCAAUAGUUUAAUAAUGGUGUUAAGGUUGAAACAAGAAGGUUGUGUUUGCGUUUUAGGUGGAUUUCAAAUGGUGGGCGAUAGUUUUCUGUUCAGAGAGUUAUAUAUUAUUUUAUUAAUUAAUUAUAUCGGAUAAAUUUUUUUUCGAAAAAUAAAUAUAAGUGUUAAAACACCUAUCCAUGUAUUAUUAAUUUUAAAUGUACGAUCUAUUAGGGUGCGUAGAAGUCUGAAUUUAUAUUUAUGUGACGUAAAGCUAUGGAAAUUAGUUAACAAGUCGGUAUAUGUGUUUUUAUGAUUGACUGAGGUUAUUAAUGAUGAGUUAUUAUGGUCAGAAUUAUCAAAAAGAUUGUUAAGAAAGGGUAAUUUUUUGUUGUACUCCUUUUCCAUAGUGAAUCCAGCUAAACUCUUCAAGGGACAACAUGAACGACCUUGGCUAAAAGUCGUUCACUGAUGCACCUGUUCGAUGCUUUUUGAUGCCGACAUUUGUUUCCAUUUUUUAAAUACACAACACCCAUCAAUUAGAUUCACCAGGGGAAAGUACAAAAAAAAAAAAUACCCAUCCUUGACUAUAUGAGCCGAUUCUGCGUCGGUCAGUGUAUUAUUAGUUCAAAAUACAGUGAUUAAAAACGAAAAAUGUUAA